UGGGUUCGCUUGGGUGACACAAUUAUAACAACUUUUAUCUCCGCGGCUGUCGCACACUUUACUUCCAAACGCUCACAUUUCGGGAUACUGCACUCCUUAAUUCGCUUUCAGGUGACACUCCGAGUUGAGGAACGAUGUGACGUUCGAGGAGCGACAGAGCGCUUCUUGUGUUUGCACCCCCCGGACGGAUUUACUACAUCCAAUCGCAUCUUAUCGCAGUGGGAGGAAAGAAGAAGAAGAAGCAGGGAAAAAAGAAAAAGUUUUCGGCCGUUUUUGUGGGAGCGAGCCGCCGCUGUCUUUGGCCCAUGCAGUCGUGCGGCGUGUCGCUGGCCGCCGCCGCCUGCGCUGCUGUCCGGAGUCUCGGCUCGUCUGCUGGUGAUGAGGAAAAGAAAAUGGCGGCGGGAAAAGCGAGUGAAGCCGAGGAGGACUUUCCCACACUGACAGCCCCGGAGAGGGACGCUCUGGUCGGCGUGGACAGUUCGCUGUUUGGAUUUCAGAAGCUUCAUGAAGAUGGCGCCAGAACGAAGGCCCUGCUGGUGAAGGCUGUUCGCUGCUAUGAUUCACUCAUCCUUAAAGCUGAGGGAAAAGUGGAUCCUGAGUUAUUUUGCCAGCUCGGCCACUUCAACCUCCUUUUGGAGGAUUAUCCAAAAGCAUUGUCUGCCUACCAGAGGUACUACAGUUUACAGUCUGACUACUGGAAGAAUGCUGCCUUUCUGUACGGCCUUGGAAUGGUCUACUUCCACUAUAAUGCCUUUCAGUGGGCGAUCAAAGCAUUCCAGGAGGUGCUGUACAUAGACCCAGGGUUCUCCCGGGCCAAGGAGAUCCAUCUACGCUUGGGUCUCAUGUUCAAGGUCAACACAGAUUAUGAGUCAAGUUUAAAGCAUUUUCAGCUGGCUUUGAUUGACUCCAACCCCUGCACUUUGUCCAAAGCUGAAAUUCAGUUCCAUAUUGCUCACUUAUAUGAGAUUCAGAAGAGAUACCGAGCUGCCAAAGAGGCUUAUGAGAACCUUCUGCAGACGGAUGAUCUUCCUGCACAGGUGAAGGCCACUACCCUGCAGCAGCUAGGCUGGAUGCAUCACACAGUGGAACAGCUCGGGGACAGAGCCAGCAGGGACAGCUAUGCCAUUCAGUGUCUGCAGAAAUCUCUGGAGGCUGAUCCCAAUUCUGGACAGUCCUGGUACUUCCUUGGCAGGUGCUACUCUAGUAUUGGGAAGGUCCAGGAUGCUUUUAUCUCCUAUCGGCAGUCCAUAGACAAAUCAGAGGCCAGUGCAGAUACCUGGUGUUCUAUAGGGGUUUUGUACCAGCAGCAGAACCAGCCGAUGGAUGCUCUGCAGGCCUAUAUCUGCGCUGUACAGCUGGACCACAGUCACGCCGCAGCCUGGAUGGAUUUGGGCACGCUGUACGAGUCGUGCAACCAGCCACACGAUGCCAUCAAGUGCUACAUCAAUGCCACACGCAGCAAGGGCUGCACGAAUACCACCGCAUUAACCCACCGCAUCAAAUGCCUGCAGGCUCAGUUGAGUAACCCCCAGCUCAAUAGCCUACAGGGUAAAAGUAAAAUGCUCCCUCUUAUUGAGGAGGCAUGGAGUCUACCAAUUCCAGCAGAGCUAACCUCCAGGCAGGGGGUCCUGAGCAGUGCACCGCAGCAGGCUUGUAAGCCCAGUCACAUUGCAGAAGGUGGGAGUUCAGGUCAGUCGCUGCCUGCUCACACAGGCUCACUGGGCCAAGCAGAGGAGCAGUCUUGUCCAGCUAAGAGGAGGAGAGCCUCCAGCCCUUCCAAGGGUGAUUCUUGGGCCAGUAAUGCAGCACAACAGCCAGUACCUAACUGGUAUUUUUCUCCACAGAAGUUACAGCUGUUGGAGCAGUUGAGGAGUAACCGGGCGAGCCUGAAGCCACCACAGCUUCAGAUGUUGGAGCAACUGGAAGCGCAGCUUGCAAUGAUGCAGCAGCAGCACCAGAUGAGACAGAAUGCCUCAGGAGUUCAGGUGCGCCCCUCUCUUCCAAACGGCCCGACCAUCAACUCCCUCCCCUCCCCUAACCCCAGCCUCCAUCCCGCCCGGCCCCUCAUGGGACCUCAUCGGCCCCUGUGCCCACCUCAGCCACUGGUCAACGGGCCUGUGCCCCCGGGGAUACAUGGACACUCAGACCCCCUCCGUGCGGACGACAGUAGUAGUAAUAAUCAGCCAGGACCCAACGGAGACGUGCCUUACCUGCAACCUGCCGGCAGCGGCGACGCAGCACUGCUACCUCACACCUGCACAAGCACGCAAACCCAGGAUGCCACGCCACACCAGGCCCUGCACCUAAACUCCUCUCAGGGUCUUCAGAAAGGGCCUGUUCCACACACGACAGGCUCCAGUGCUGAGGGGACCCUCUCUCAACCCCAAACCCCAACCUCCACUGCCCUUUCGCUCCCCAACAAUCAGGGUGGACAUUCCACUAACAUCCCGUCGCCACAGCAGCAGGCUCACAACCACCUACCUUCCCCUCCUUCCCUCCCUCACUGCGCUACCUCAGGUGGAGCAGCAUCCGAUGCACCCACUACCAAAGAUAGCACCACCACAUCCAUCCAUGUCAGGGCAGUCGUAUCCCUUGGUAACGGAGGAUUUGAGAGUCAGACACCACCCCCAUCAGCCGAUGGCACAAUGGUGCAGGCAGAUGACCUAGCCAAUCACACCCACAUAGGUGAAGGUGAAAAGGUGUCCGAAGGUGGUGACAAGCCAAGCCUUAGCGCAGACAAUCCUAGGCUAUCUGCCCUGCUGGUGGGGGGGAAGGGCUGUGAAGAGGGUGAUGGACAUUCAGAGGUGACUGCACCUACAGCAGCUGCUACGCCUGAACACCAAAAGAAAAUCAAUAACAUCCACCCAGCUGUCCUGCCCUCUACCCCUCAUGCCCAGGGCAGCUCGGCUGCCUCCUCGCCCAUCUCUGCCAUAUCUACUGCCACACCUUCACCAAAAUCAUCAGAACACACCCAAACAAGUGCCCACAGUCCCGCCACCACCACCACCACAAUCAUCACCACCACCACCACAACUGCAGCACCAGCUGUGAAUGGCAACAGCAAAGGAGGGAUCUCUGAGGAUUCUCAAAGUCCACUAAAGUCUGAGCCGCCCACCAUCACCAGUCUCAAAGCUACACCUCCACAUGGGCAUGGCUCCUCCUCCUCCUCCUCUUCAUCUUCAAUUUCCAUCUACCCAAGCUCCAAUGAUGUUCUAAAGGCCUGCAGAAACCUCGGUAAAAACGGCCUUUCAAACAACAGUAUCCUCCUUGAUAAGUGUCCACCGCCUCGGCUGCCCCCUCCACCCUCACCAGCCCUGCCCAAAGACAAACUGAACCCACCUACACCCAGUAUAUAUUUGGAGAACAAGAGGGAUGCUUUCUUCCCACCUCUGCACCAGUUCUGCACAAACCCGUCUAACCCUGUCACUGUCAUCAGAGGCCUAGCUGGAGCACUCAAACUGGAUCUGGGUCUGUUCUCCACUAAGACUCUGGUAGAAGCCAACCCAGAACACCUGGUGGAGGUUUGGACUCAGCUUUCGCAGCCUGCUGAUGAGAACUGGGAUCCAACUGGCACCAAGAAAAUGUGGCGCUGUGAGAGCGCCCGCGCCCACACCACCAUCGCCAAAUAUGCUCAGUAUCAGGCCGCUUCCUUCCAGGAGUCACUACGGGAGGAGAAUGAGAGGAAGGCACUGAAGGAGCCCUUGGACACAGAGCAGCUGUCAGCCGAGAGUGGUGUACACAAGAGGCGGGGACCCUUAAAACAGAUCAAGUUUGGAACAAACAUCGAUGUUUCAGAUGAAAGGAAAUGGAAACAGCAGCUCCAAGAACUCAGUAAAUUACCGGCUUUUGCUCGAGUAGUGUCAGCUGGCAAUCUGCUGAGUCACGUGGGUCACACCAUACUGGGUAUGAACACGGUUCAGCUCUACAUGAAGGUCCCUGGGAGCAGGAUACCAGGUCAUCAAGAGCACAACAAUUUCUGUGCUGUCAACAUUAACAUUGGACCAGGGGACUGUGAAUGGUUUGCUGUACCAGAGCCAUACUGGGGAGUGAUGAGCAAUUUCUGUGAGAAAAACAUCAUCAAUUUUCUGAAGGGAUCAUGGUGGCCGAACCUGGAGGACCUAUAUGAAGCAGAUGUGCCUGUUUAUCGGUUCAUCCAGCGUCCAGGGGACCUGGUGUGGCUCAAUACCGGCACAGUCCACUGGGUCCAGGCCAUUGGCUGGUGCAAUAAUAUCGCCUGGAACGUGGGACCUCUCACCGCUCACCAGUAUAAGUUAGCAGUGGAGCGUUACGAGUGGAAUAAACUCCAGAGUGUCAAAUCCAUGGUUCCCAUGGUUCAUCUCUCCUGGAACAUGGCACGCAACAUCAAAGUGUCUGACCACAAGCUGUUUGAGAUGAUCAAGUACUGCUUGCUGCGAACAUUAAAGCAGUGUCAGUGGAUGAAGGAAGCUUUGGCAUCAGCCGGCAAGGAGACUGUGCUGAGGCCGAGGACCAGGGAUGAGCCGGCACACUACUGCACCAUCUGUGAGGUGGAGGUGUUCAACCUGCUGUUUGUGCGCCGCGAGCUGCUCUCGAAGAAACAGUACGUGGUUCACUGCCAGGACUGUGCCAGGAAAGGCAGCGCCACGCUCGAUGACUUCAUGGUGCUCGAGCAGCACAGGAUGGAGGAGCUGAUGCAGGUCUAUGACCAGUUCACAUUAACCUAAAAAUGAGCUGUCCCCCCCCUCUCUCUGCCAGGCCCCUCCUCUUCAUUCAUCUUCAUCUUGACAUUAGGCGACACAUCUAUGUUCUGCUGCAGAGCCAUGAACCCCAUUUAUACAAACUUGUGGAAAAAGAACAACAACAAAACAUCUACAUUCACGGACCAUUUGUGAUAUUCAGGAACGACAAGGCCGUCUCCCCGCCGUCACCACUGCUCCUCCCAGAUGGCUGGCUAGAGACCGAGGCGGCCGAGUGUGUCAGUCUAUGCAACCUGUUUAAAGUGCUGGCUACGGCCCAUCCAGGCGGAGGUGCCACCAAGCUCACCAACAGGACUGUUCCCCCACCCCAACCCCCCUGCUCCCAUUGACAAUGGUUGCGCCCUGUUUUAACAGAGGACUUAAUCAAAAGCGGUUGGGACGGGGGAGGAGUGGAAUUCUUAAGGCGUGAUUAAAACUGUUUUGUAGAUACUCGUUAACUCACAACUGGCAACACCACCGUUGAAGACUACUGACUUGACAACCUUUUCCCCUUGUCUUUUUAGUGUUCCGGUAACAGGAUGAAGCUUUGGCUUCACCUUUGAUUUCAAGAUUCCCCCAAAUUUUACUUACUUUUUUUUUUGCCCCUUCUAAGGAGCACUGGCCCAUCUGAUGUUUUUUUUCUGUGGUAGAUGGUAAUUUUAACACUCUUUGGACAGCAAAAUCUCCCAGAAACAUUAUUUAAAAAAAAGUAAUGUGAAAUUUAGAUUUUUUUUUUUUUUUUUUUUACAGCUUUUGUGUUUUGUUUUACUUUUCAUAUGUUUCAUUUCUUAGGUAAAAAGAAAAAAGGAAAAAAAAAUAGGGAAUAAAAACCUUACUAGCCAAGUCACAAAGAAAAUGGGUUGCACACACUUACGGAAUAAAAUUUAAUUUGUGAUUGGUUUUUUUUUUUUAUGUUUCUAAUCUUGAUGUAAAUUUACACUAUUUAUAAAUGCAUAUUUAUUGCUUGAAAAUAUUUGUUGAUGGAAUGCUGUUAUUUUUUUUCCAGAGUACCUGCCAUUAAAUUUGAAGGAGUUUUGUCAUUUUAACAUGACUCCUCUUACAUUUUCUAUAUAUAUAAAUAUAUAUAUAUAUAUAUAUAAAUAUAUAAAUAAAAUUGCUCAGCAAGCAUUGUACAGAAACGGACAUUUAAAAUUGUUUUAUUGUUUGAAGAAUGUUUUAUGAGUCAAUAAACACAAAGUUGUCAAAUUA